CACCUCCAGACUUUUCCUGCAGCCUUCUGGCCUCUGAGCCCUCAUCUGCAAAUGGGAGUGCUGAUCCUCUGCGUUGCCAAGGCACCCCUGAGGGAGCCGAGUUCCCCACCCCUGUCCCCCCAGAACAGAGCCCACCUGGCCUCCCUCCCCUUGAGGCCAGUGGGUUGGAGCCUGCAGGAUCAGAAGCCACUGUCACCCCUGUCACCUCAUCUGAAUUGACCCUGGGUGCUGUGUCCUGGAUGUUGCCACUGGUGUGGGUGGAGAAGACCCUCAGCAGCUCAUUGCUGGUGGAAUCCCUGCGGCACAGCCUGCCCCUCCACAAGCCGCAGCAGGACACCAGCACCAGCGUGACCCCAGUGCCCACUGUGGCCACUGGCACCAGCGUGACCCCAGUGCCCACUGUGGCCACUGGCACCAGCGUGACCCCAGUGCCCACUGGCACCAGCGUGACCCCAGUGCCCACUGCAGUUGCGGGCACCAGCACGACCCCAGUGCCCACCACAGCCUUUGGGACCAGCAUGACCCCCAUGCCCACUAUGGCCACGGGCACCAGCAUGACCCCGGUGCUCUCCAUGGCCACCGGCACCUUCAUGACACCUCGGGACGUGUGGGAGAGGAGCAUGAACACAUCCAGGGGAAGCCUCCCCUGUGCUAAGGACAGCGCUGCAGAAACAGACUCCCUGCUCUGGCAUUGUCCCCGGGAGCAGCUGAAGACCCUGCCGAGGGCAGAACUGGAGGGGAGGCUGGAAAGCACCCUCAUCAUCAUCGAAGCCCUCUCGCUGCAGCUCCGUGACUGGCAGGAGAGCCAGCGGCUGCGGCCUGGCGUGGGGCCGGCCAAGCAGAGGGACGUGCUCACACAGACGGAUCCCAUCCACCCCGAAGGGAGCACCUGGAGCAGCCAGAGCCUCUUGUUCCGGGGCUUGGCGGAUGCUGCUUUUCGGAGCUUGCAGCUGGAGCAGGAGAGGACCCUGGUGUCCCGGUGCCAGACUGUGCUUGAGAGUGUUCCCAGCAAGGUGCAGAGCUGCCUGGAAGAGAAGGAUACCUUCAGGCAGCAAGUGGAUGAAGCCCUACAAGCCAAGGAUCAGGAAUAUCUCUUCCUGGAGGCCUUCCUUGCCCAUGCCAGUGCCCAGAUCAGUGCCCGUGACCAGAGCCUGGCCUCCCAGCAAGAGCUGAGCACGCUGCUGGCCCAUGCCAUCAACCUGCAGGCAUCCCUGUCUGCCGAGACGCAGUCUUUCCGGGAAUUCUUAGACGUCACCUUUGAAAAUCUGGAGAAGGAAAAGAGAGCCCUGGAUGAGGAGUGGGAGCAGAUGAGGGCCCUGGUGUUCCAGUCCUAUGCCCUGUUGGAACGUGUGCCUGGCAAGCUUCGGAGCUGCCUGGACGAGCUGGCUGCCACACGGGAACGAGCAGAGGAAGCUCUUCAAGCCAAGGAGGAGGUAUCCUGCCAGCUGGAGAAGACCUUGGUGACCCUGCAGGACACAGAGGCUCAGCUGGAGCAGCUGACAGUGGCCAACUCACGCCUGGGCAAAGACCUGAGCUCUGUGACCAUUAAUCUGGCGAGCACGGAGCAGGAGCGCGAUGCGCUGCAGCAGGAGAACGAGAAGCAGUGGGAGGAGAUGGCCCAGCUGGCGCAGGAGAGGAACUCCCUGCAGCAGGAGUGCAAGGAGCUGUGCCAGGAACUGCGGGAGGCCACCGAGUGUCGGGAGUUCUUGGAUCAGGAGAACCAAAUGUGCCGCACGCAGCUGCUGGAGGUGGAGGCCAGACUGAACUCCACGCUGGCCACGCUGCAGGAGCGUGUCCUGCAGCACGAGGAGCUGAUGGAGUCCCACCAACGCCUGCGGGAAGAGCAGACUGCCCUCAGCAAAGAGCUGGACAGUACCAAGGCUGAGCUACUCAGCUUGCAGACAAAGAGGAACAAAGUUUCUUGGUGUUCCACGGACAUUAUGGAGAGCAAGAUGCAGUUGCAGGAGCUCGCUGAUUGCCUCAAGGCUGCUCUAGAAGAGCAGGAUGAUGAUGAUGCUCCAUCGAGAAGCAAAGCCUGGACCCCGGGUCCCCGGACCCCGGGCUGGCAGACCCCACGCCGUGCCUGGACCCCAGCAUUCCGCACCCCAGUGUGCCGCACCCCACACACCAGCAGCUCCUUUGUGGGCAGCGUACUGAAGGCUGUGGCAGGGAAAGAUGCCAGUGAAACCACCAAAAGUGGGAGUAAAGCUGCGAAGGACAAACUUGGAUCUGUGCCCAAGUCAAUAGAUCCUGAGGAUGCUCUGCUGGAGAGCGUGAAGGAGCUGAGAGCUGUGGUCUCCAACCUUGCCAUGCUGAGCUCCCGCAUCCAAGAACUGGAACAGAGCGAGUUCAGGGCACUGCAGACAGAGAUCUCUGACCUGCAGCUGCGCCUGGAGAUGGUGACAGCUGAGAGCCAGGAGAAGGUGGAUGGCCAGGCUGCCACCAUUGCCAAGCUGAACAAGGUGCUGAGGACCAAGCUCGAGAAUGAGAAGGAGCUGCAGGACGUGGUGAAACAGCAGGAAGAGAAAAUGUUGCAACUCAUCAACAAGAGUGGGGAAGUUAUGAGGCUGAAGGCAGAAGUCUCCGAGCUGAAGCGCUUGCUCCAGCUUGCAGAGACAGAAGCCAAGGUGCUGUGGGAAGAGAUGAGGGCCAAGGAGCACCAGGUGGACACUACCUACAUCCAGGAGCGGGUCAUGCUGCGGCGGGAGGUGGAUAAACUGAGGCUGCUGCUCGUGGAAAAAGAAAAUGAGAAUAUACGGCUCACUGACAAGUACCUGGAGCAGGUCCGAGGGCUGGAGAUGAAACUCCAUCACACCCAGAAAGUGCUCAGGACCCAUGAGGAGAUGCAGGAGAAGAUAAAAGAGGUCCUGCCAGCUGUCCCUGAGGUGGCUCUGGGCUGCCAGGAGCUCCAGAGCCUGCUGCACUACCUGGGCCUGAAGCCAGCCAGCAAGGAAGCUGCUGAGCCGCUAUAGCCUGUAGCCUGAAACCUUUCCUGUUGUUAAUGUUGUAAUUAUUUAUUGAAUAAAGUUGUGUUGGCUUUUA